CAAUCCAAAAGACAACGGUUCUUAGACAAAUCAACAAUGAAGUUCACCAACUCUGCUCUCUUUGCCAUUGCUGCUGUUGCAGCCACCUCUGGUGUCUCCGCAUUCGCUCCUGCGACUCCCGUCGUUUCCCGAAUGUCCAGCGCCGAUGUCGCUGCCCCUACUUCGGCCACCGAGUUGAACAUGGGACUCCGCAGUUUCUUCUCUCGCAAGAGCAAGAUCGCCAAAUCCACUGCCGGAGCCGACAUCACCAAGGACGAGGUUCGUGCUUUGUUCUCCCUCUGGAACAACGCCUUGGCCACCGGUGACUCUCGCUUGGUUGCCAGCCGUUACGCCACCAAGUCCGGCGCUGUCCUUCUCCCCACUGUCUCCGAUGUCCCCCGUACCGAUUUCGCCAGUAUCAAGGACUACUUCGACGCCUUUCUCUUGAAGGAACCUCAAGGAGAAAUCCUUUCCGGUGACAUCCGCAUCGGUGAAAACUGGGCUCAAGAUGCCGGGUAAGUCGUUUGAAAUAUGAGAGUUGUCAAACCCUUCGUGUUGUCGAUUUAUCUAAUUUUUUCGCCAAUUCCUGUUUGGUUUUCCUACACUGAAGAAUCUACGAGUUCACCAUGGGAGCCACCGGUGACAAGGUCAAGGCCCGAUACUCUUACGUCUACGUUUACGAGAACGGUCAGUGGAAGAUCUCCCACCACCACUCCAGUGUCAUGCCUGAGGGCAUCGACAUCGCCACCCCCAUCAAGAAGGAAGAAGUUCAGAACCUCUUCCACUUGUGGAACGACGCUUUGGCCACCGGUGAUUCGUCCUUGGUUGCAUCCCGAUACGCCAAGAACGGUGUUUUGUUGCCCACCGUCUCCGACAUCCCUCGAGACAACGCCGCCAAGAUCACCGACUACUUCGACAGCUUUUUGUUGAAGCAGCCUCAGGGAGAAAUCCUCGAAUCCUUCGUCACCAUCGGAACCAACUGGUGCCAGGAUGUCGGUAUCUACGAGUUCACUUUGGGCGCCACCGGUGACAAGGUCAAGGCCCGAUACUCCUUCGUUUACGUGUACGAAGACGGCCAGUGGAAGAUUGCCCACCACCACUCCAGUCAGAUGCCUGAGGCCAUCCCUGCCGCUCCUGCCGCCAUCACCAAGGAAGAAGUCCAGGGACUUUUCUACAAGUGGAACAGUGCCUUGGCUACCUUGGACCCCGACCAAGUUGCCGCCCGAUACUCUUCCAAGACUGCCCCUUGCUUGUUGCCAACUGUUUCGGAUGUUCCCCGUACCGACUACGACUCCAUCAAGGCUUACUUCGUUGAUUUCUGCAAGAAGAAGCCCCAGGGAGAGAUCCUCGAAUCGUACGUCACUGUUGGACACAACUGGGCUAUGGAUGACGGUAUCUAUGAAUUCACCAUGGGAGCCACCGGCGAUAAGGUCAAGGCCCGAUACUCCUUCGUCUACACAUUCGAGGAUGGUGAAUGGAAGAUUGCCCACCACCACUCCAGUCAGAUGCCUGAGGAAAUUGUCCCCAAGGCAUCUGUUCCUGAAUUGGCCGGAUCCAACUAAACGGGUUUGCGGUGCAGCUACACAGCGCACCUUUGUGGUGCUCACACAGGGAAAAUCAUGGCAUACCAUGCAUGGCACUUCCAUAGCUCGUAUUUGAGUGCCAUUCUGUCAUGAAAAGAUUAGAUCAUCGAUUUUGCACAUUAAAAAACAAGUAAAAAUACC